AACUCUAGCAAGUUUCAUUAGACUGCAGAGCCAGAGGAAGGAACAGUGGGGGCAAUAAUAUAACCUCACAGGAGUAAGGGGCAAUACCAGGGCAUUCUAUACCCAGUGAUCUAGAGGGGCAGAGCUAGAGAGUGAGGGCACAAACACCAGGAUUACCUAAAGUAAGAAGUACAGCAGAGAUUACACCAUGGGACCCCAGAGGACUAUCACCCUUUUUAUUGUAUUUAUCAGCAACGUUUUCCUUUCUCUCCAUGCCAAAGAAGUUGUUCUCUUGGAUUUUGAGAAGGCUCAAGGAGAGCUCGGCUGGUUGACUAGUCCAUAUGGCAAAGGGUGGGACCUGCUCCAAAAUGUGAUGAACGGAAGUAUGAUCUACAUUUACUCUGUGUGCAACGUUCAAGAGGGGGAACAGGACAAUUGGUUGCGUACAAAUUGGAUUUAUCGCAGCGAGGCACAGAAAAUAUUCAUCGAGCUCAAAUUCACUGUGCGGGACUGUAAUAGUUUUCCCGGUGUCUCUGGGGCUUGCAAAGAGACUUUUAAUUUGUAUUAUGCAGAGUCUGACAUGGAUUACGGUACCAACUUCCAGAAACGGCAGUUCCGAAAAAUAGAUACGAUUGCGCCUGAUGAGAUCACAGUACAGGGUGACUUUGCAUCGCGUAAUGUUAAGUUGAACGUUGAAGUUCGCUCUGUGGGGCCGUUAAGUCGUAAAGGAUUUUACCUGGCAUUCCAAGAUAUCGGUGCCUGUGUUGCUCUGCUGUCUGUCCGCAUCUACUACAACAAAUGCCCAUCUGUAGUGAUGGGGAUGGCAAAGUUCCCAGAGACGGUGGCGGUCUCUGACUCUCAAACCUUGACAAAAGUUUCAGGGAAAUGCGUGGAUAACGCUGUUCACGUUGGAGUUGAUAUGCCAACCAUGUAUUGCAGUUCAGAUGGAGACUGGAUAGUGCCAAUCGGAAUGUGCCAUUGCCAGGCUGGGUAUGAGCAUGUUGGUGACACUUGCAAAGCCUGUCAACCUGGAUUUUUCAAAAGUGACAUCUCUGACAACGCCUGUCUGCCAUGUCCAGACCACACAGAACCAUCUGAAGAAGGUUCCAUAUCCUGUCCUUGCCAAGAUGGCUACUAUCGCGCCACUUCUGAUCCAGUUUCUUCUCCUUGUACCCAAUCUCCCACUGCACCACGUGAUCUCACUUCUGUGACAUUGGGCUCCACUGUAAAGCUUCUCUGGUCACCUCCCCUCAACACUGGUGGCCGUGAUGAUGUCACCUACACUGUGACUUGCAAACAGUGCUUCCCAGAACCCAGCGAAUGCCGUUCUUGUGACUCCAAUGUGCGAUACUCUGAAAACCCAUCCGAGCUAAAAGGGACCAGUCUGGCCAUCACAGAGUUGGAGCCACAUCUUAAUUACACCUUCACUGUGGAAGCACGAAAUGGCGUAUCUAGAUCCGGGACUGGCCACAGUUACACCACCCUGCGUGUCAGUGUAAAUCAGACCGAACCACCAAAGGUAACAUCUGUGAACUUGGAUACCCGAGACGCCCAUUCCCUUAGCUUGUCCUGGUCUGUCAGUCCCCGUCAACAAAAUCGAGCCUGGAAGUAUGAGGUCACUUACAAUAAAAAGCAUGAUAUGAGUAGUUACUCUGUUCACCGAAUAGAGGGAAACUCUGUGACCCUCGGUAAACUUUCUCCAGGUACCAUCUAUGUGGUGCGAAUCCAAGUGGAAGGUCAGAGCUCAAACAACGCGGAGUACGAGUUUGAAACACUUCCUGAGGCAGCCCCAGAAGAGUCUAAACAGGUUGCAAUUAUCGCAGCAGCCGUUGUGACCGUGGUGAUUAUUUGCAUAGCUGCAUUUAUAAUCCUCUACCGCUGCCGAAAUAAGAGAAAUCUACAUGGCCGGGAUUGUCCUGAUGAUGUAUACUUCAAAGCAGAACAACUGAAACCUCUAAAGACCUAUGUAGACCCUCACACUUAUGAAGAUCCUAACAAGGCUGUGCUGAAGUUCACCACCGAGAUUGCUCCCAACGCUGUCUCCAGACAAAAAGUAAUUGGAGCAGGGGAGUUUGGAGAGGUGUAUAAAGGAAUUCUGAAGCUUCCAGGAAAGAAGGAAAGUCCGGUGGCAAUCAAGACUCUGAAGGCCGGAUACACCGACAAACAACGUAUCGACUUCCUGAGCGAGGCCAGUAUCAUGGGACAGUUCUGCCAUCACAACAUUAUUCGUCUGGAGGGCGUUGUAUCCAAAUAUAAGCCCAUGAUGAUCGUUACAGAGUAUAUGGAAAAUGGAGCUCUGGACAAGUUUCUGAAGGACAAUGAUGGGGAGUUCAGUCCAAUACAGCUGGUUGGAAUGUUACGGGGAAUUGCUGCUGGAAUGAAAUACCUAUCAGAAAUGAACUAUGUGCACCGUGAUCUGGCAGCUCGGAACAUACUGGUGAACAGCCAACUAGUCUGCAAGGUGUCCGAUUUCGGACUGUCCCGAGUCCUGGAGGAUGAUCCAGAUGCUACGUAUACAACCAGUGGUGGUAAAAUCCCAAUCCGUUGGACAGCUCCUGAAGCCAUCUCAUACAGAAAGUUCACUUCUGCCAGCGAUGUGUGGAGCUACGGCAUCGUUAUGUGGGAAGUGAUGUCAUAUGGCGAGAGACCCUAUUGGGAAAUGUCCAAUCAUGAGGUGAUGAGGGUGAUCAAUGAAGGCUUCCGUCUCCCGGCACCCAUGGACUGUCCGUCAGCCAUAUUCCAGCUUAUGAUGCAAUGUUGGCAACAGGAACGUAACCGCAGGCCCAAGUUUACAGACAUCGUCAGUAUCCUGGACAAACUGAUCCGAGCUCCUGACUCUCUGAAGACUCUGGCUGAUUUUGACCCAAGAAUCUCCAUCCGUCUACCCAGCACUAGCGGCUCAGAAGGGAUGCCGUUCAGAUCCAUUCCCGAAUGGCUGGAGUCCAUCAAAAUGCAGCAGUACACAGAAUGCUUCCUGUCAUCUCCAUUCAACUCCAUGGACAAGGUCAUCCUUAUGAACCAAGAGGACAUUAAGCAGCUGGGCAUUCGCCCACCAGGACAUCAGAAACGAGUAGCAUUUAGCAUUCUAGGACUCAAGGAACAAGCUAGUACUAUGGGAAUCCCAAUCUGAUGACCAAUGUGGGGCUCGUAAUAGUGAUCAUGGUGACUGCAUCCAUGUAAGGACCAAUAAGGUGCAACCUUUCCAUCCUCUUGGAAAUCUCAGAUUGUGCAGCCCUUACCACCUGUGGCCAUAAGGAGAAACUCUUCUGGGCAUUUUCCAAAAACUAAAACCGGACAUACUUGAAGAUUCAAAUAGUUAGUGUUUUCAGAACCAGCAAGCGUCAAGUUGAAACAAAGUCGUUGCCAUGUCUUACCUUAUUGUGCACAUGGACUAUAUUGUCUGCAGACACAAGAUUCUAUUUUUUUCAAGUUGCUGUGUUUAUUUUGUGUGCAGUGCACAUCUGAGAGUCCCUGCGGCGUCAGACGCUGCACACACAGCUGCUUAUAACAACAAACACCUUACUGCUCCUCUGCCCUUUAUUAGACUUUUCUGUGGGCCUUUGUAGGAGCAGAAACAGUUGGAUUCGAUUGGUGCACAAGUUUUGGAUUUGGGAACUGCAAGGUAACCCAGUUCAUGUAGUGGGGUUUGUGUGAACCUAAACCUUUUGAGACCAGUUCCUGUUACUGCAACGUUUGCUGGACUUUGGAGAGCACUUUGAAUUUCACUCAAUAUACUGAGUUUUGUGAAGACUGGUACUCAGGGUGAAGAUGGAAUCGGCACAGUCCGUAGACCGUAAAUUCCAGGCCUGUUACUGCGGACUGCUGGGCAUUCUAGGAAAAUUACAAGCUUGCCAAGAACUGCUGCCAAAUUAGUUUAUUCUUCUUUAUUUUAUUUUAUUUUGUUACACGAUGGGAAAACAUUACAUCAUUUCAAAAAUAUUAUUUUUAUCAUAACUGUUGGAUAAUAAUAUGCUUUAGGUUAAAAGCUAUCCGUUCAAUUUAUUUUAAUCUUUUAACAUUCAAAAACAGUCUGUAUAUAUGAAAAGUGCCUGAAAUGCAAGAUUGUUCAGUUUUUAUUUUCUAAUUUAUUCCUUUGUGCCUAUUGUAUUUAGAUGUGUGCUCUGCACUCAGUGUUAAUACUGUACAUUUACUAAUUAUUUAUUUUUUUAUAUUUAUUGAUAGGCUUUUCUCAGAAAUAAACCUGCAGAUUAGUUUUUCAAAAGAAUAAA